GUUAUUUAUCCCAAUGGGACGAACCCUAAUAACUUACUGUCGAUGGGCACUGGAAUUCUGAGUGAAAAUGGAACUGCAGAACCUCCAGAAGUCACAUACCAAGGGGUGGGAGUUGAUUUUAGCGCUCCAAACUCCACUGUUCCCAUGAAUUUGAUUUCCAACGCUGACAACACAACAACAGCUGUAAGCACAACUAGUCUGGCAACCACAACACAAGCAGCAACAUCACCUGAAACAACAAGUCUGGCAACCACGACACUAGCUACUACGCCGGCUGAAACAACAAGUCUGGCAACCACGACACAAGCAGCAGCUACCAAUGCCACCACCCCCACAGUGUUGAUAACACAAGUGACAACAGCAGUGGCAACUCCAGCUACUGUGCUUUUCAUCAUAGCAGGACCUCUCUCUACUCCAAUUGAUCGUACUGGGUGUGGCAUCACUGAUUUGUGCAUAUCUGAGGCCCCGAAUUGUGAUCCAUCACAAAGCCCUUGUAUCUUCUUGGCUGUUCGCUCAGUUGGCGGUGAUCGGUUCAGAUUUAAGUUUUCAGGAUUCUCAAGUGGCUACAUUGCUAUCAUCAUCUCAGCUGACAGCACACCGGGAGGAAAUGACACCAUGUACAUCUGUAACGACAAUAAGGAUACAUCGGUAAAAUUUUUCAGUGCUCUGUUUGACCAGGGCACAGUGACUUUUGUGCCGCCACAAAGUGUGACCUCAGUGACGGGCAGCGUCACAGGAACAAGGAUCCAGUGUGUAUUUGAGGCACCGUUAUUUAUCCCAAUGGGACGAACCCUAAGUAACUUACUGUCGAUGGGCACUGGAAUUCUGAGUGAAAAUGGAACUGCAGAACCUCCAGAAGUCACAUACCAAGGGGUGGGAGUUGAUUUUAGCGCUCCAAACUCCACUGUUCCCAUGAAUUUGAUUUCCAACGCUGACAACACAACAACAGCUGUAAGCACAACUAGUCUGGCAACCACAACACAAGCAGCAACAUCACCUGAAACAACAAGUCUGGCAACCACGACACUAGCUACUACGCCGGCUGAAACAACAAGUCUGGCAACCACGACACAAGCAGCAGCUACCAAUGCCACCACCCCCACAGUGUUGAUAACACAAGUGACAACAGCAGUGGCAACUCCAGCUACUGUGCUUUUCAUCAUAGCAGGACCUCUCUCUACUCCAAUUGAUCGUACCGGGUGUGGCAUCACUGAUUUGUGCAUAUCUGAGGCCCCGAAUUGUGAUCCAUCACAAAGCCCUUGUAUCUUCUUGGCUGUUCGCUCAGUUGGCGGUGAUCGGUUCAGAUUUAAGUUUUCAGGAUUCUCAAGUGGCUACAUUGCUAUCAUCAUCUCAGCUGACAGCACACUGGGAGGAAAUGACACCAUGUACAUCUGUAACGACAAUAAGGAUACAUCGGUAAAAUUUUUCAGUGCUCUGUUUGACCAGGGCACAGUGACUUUUGUGCCGCCACAAAGUGUGACCUCAGUGACGGGCAGCGUCACAGGAACAAGGAUCCAGUGUGUAUUUGAGGCACCGUUAUUUAUCCCAAUGGGACGAACCCUAAGUAACUUACUGUCGAUGGGCACUGGAAUUCUGAGUGAAAAUGGAACUGCAGAACCUCCAGAAGUCACAUACCAAGGGGUGGGAGUUGAUUUUAGCGCUCCAAACUCCACUGUUCCCAUGAAUUCGAUUUCCAACGCUGACAACACAACAACAGCUGUAAGCACAACUAGUCUGGCAACCACAACACAAGCAGCAACAUCACCUGAAACAACAAGUCUGGCAACCACGACACUAGCUACUACGCCGGCUGAAACAACAAGUCUGGCAACCACGACAAUAGCUACUGCGCUGGCUGAAACAACAAGUCUGGCAACCACGACACAAGCAGCAGCUACCAAUGCCACCACUCCCACAGUGUUGAUAACACAAGUGACAACAGCAGUGGCAACUCCAGCUACUGUGCUUUUCAUCAUAGCAGGACCUCUCUCUACUCCAAUUGAUCGUACCGGGUGUGGCAUCACUGAUUUGUGCAUAUCUGAGGCCCCGAAUUGUGAUCCAUCACAAAGCCCUUGUAUCUUCUUGGCUGUUCGCUCAGUCGGCGGUGAUCGGUUCAGAUUUAAGUUUUCAGGAUUCUCAAGUGGCUACAUUGCUAUCAUCAUCUCAGCUGACAGCACACUGGGAGGAAAUGACACCAUGUACAUCUGUAACGACAAUAAGGAUACAUCGGUAAAAUUUUUCAGUGCUCUGUUUGACCAGGGCACAGUGACUUUUGUGCCGCCACAAAGUGUGACCUCAGUGACGGGCAGCGUCACAGGAACAAGGAUCCAGUGUGUAUUUGAGGCACCGUUAUUUAUCCCAAUGGGACGAACCCUAAGUAACUUACUGUCGAUGGGCACUGGAAUUCUGAGUGAAAAUGGAACUGCAGAACCUCCAGAAGUCACAUACCAAGGGGUGGGAGUUGAUUUUAGCACUCCAAACUCCACUGUUCCCAUGAAUUCGAUUUCCAACGCUGACAACACAACAACAGCUGUAAGCACAACUAGUCUGGCAACCACAACACAAGCAGCAACAUCACCUGAAACAACAAGUCUGGCAACCACAACACUAGGUACAACGCCGGCUGAAACAACAAGUCUGGCAACCACGACACUAGGUACAACGCCGGCUGAAACAACAAGUCUGGGAACCACGACACUAGUUACUACGCCGGCUGAAACAACAAGUCCGGGAACCACGACACUAGCUACUACGCCGGCUGAAACAAGUCUGGCAACCACGACACUAGCUACUACGCCGGCUGAAACAACAAGUCUGGCAACCACGACACUAGCUACUACGCCGGCUGAAACAACAAGUCUGGCAACCACGACAAUAGCUACUACGCCGGCUGAAACAACAAGUCUGGCAACCACGACACUAGUUACUACGCCGGCUGAAACAACAAGUCUGGGAACCACGACACUAGGUACUACGCCGGCUGAAACAACAAGUCUGGCAACCACGACACUAGCUACUACGCCGGCUGAAACAACAAGUCUGGCAACCACGACACUAGCUACUACGCCGGCUGAAACAACAAGUCUGGCAACCACGCCGGCUGAAACAACAAGUCUGGCAACCACGACACAAGCAGCAGCUACCAAUGCCACCACCCCCACAGUGUUGAUAACACAAGUGACAACAGCAGUGACAACUCCAGCUACUGUGCUUUUCAUCAUAGCAGGACCUCUCUCUACUCCAAUUGAUCGUACCGGGUGUGGCAUCACUGAUUUGUGCAUAUCUGAGGCCCCGAAUUGUGAUCCAUCACAAAGCCCUUGUAUCUUCUUGGCUGUUCGCUCAGUCGGCGGUGAUCGGUUCAGAUUUAAGUUUUCAGGAUUCUCAAGUGGCUACAUUGCUAUCAUCAUCUCAGCUGACAGCACACUGGGAGGAAAUGACACCAUGUACAUCUGUAACGACAAUAAGGAUACAUCGGUAAAAUUUUUCAGUGCUCUGUUUGACCAGGGCACAGUGACUUUUGUGCCGCCACAAAGUGUGACCUCAGUGACGGGCAGCGUCACAGGAACAAGGAUCCAGUGUGUAUUUGAGGCACCGUUAUUUAUCCCAAUGGGACGAACCCUAAGUAACUUACUGUCGAUGGGCACUGGAAUUCUGAGUGAAAAUGGAACUGCAGAACCUCCAGAAGUCACAUACCAAGGGGUGGGAGUUGAUUUUAGCGCUCCAAACUCCACUGUUCCCAUGAAUUCGAUUUCCAACGCUGACAACACAACAACAGCUGUAAGCACAACUAGUCUGGCAACCACAACACAAGCAGCAACAUCACCUGAAACAACAAGUCUGGCAACCACAACACUAGGUACAACGCCGGCUGAAACAACAAGUCUGGCAGCCACGACACUAGGUACAACGCCGGCUGAAACAACAAGUCUGGGAACCACGACACUAGUUACUACGCCGGCUGAAACAACAAGUCCGGGAACCACGACACUAGCUACUACGCCGGCUGAAACAAGUCUGGGAACCACGACACUAGGUACUACGCCGGCUGAAACAACAAGUCUGGCAACCACGACACUAGCUACUACGCCGGCUGAAACAACAAGUCUGGCAACCACGACAAUAGCUACUACGCCGGCUGAAACAACAAGUCUGGCAACCACGACACAAGCAGCAGCUACCAAUGCCACCACCCCCACAGUGUUGAUAACACAAGUGACAACAGCAGUGACAACUCCAGCUACUGUGCUUUUCAUCAUAGCAGGACCUCUCUCUACUCCAAUUGAUCGUACCGGGUGUGGCAUCACUGAUUUGUGCAUAUCUGAGGCCCCGAAUUGUGAUCCAUCACAAAGCCCUUGUAUCUUCUUGGCUGUUCGCUCAGUCGGCGGUGAUCGGUUCAGAUUUAAGUUUUCAGGAUUCUCAAGUGGCUACAUUGCUAUCAUCAUCUCAGCUGACAGCACACUGGGAGGAAAUGACACCAUGUACAUCUGUAACGACAAUAAGGAUACAUCGGUAAAAUUUUUCAGUGCUCUGUUUGACCAGGGCACAGUGACUUUUGUGCCGCCACAAAGUGUGACCUCAGUGACGGGCAGCGUCACAGGAACAAGGAUCCAGUGUGUAUUUGAGGCACCGUUAUUUAUCCCAAUGGGACGAACCCUAAGUAACUUACUGUCGAUGGGCACUGGAAUUCUGAGUGAAAAUGGAACUGCAGAACCUCCAGAAGUCACAUACCAAGGGGUGGGAGUUGAUUUUAGCGCUCCAAACUCCACUGUUCCCAUGAAUUCGAUUUCCACAACUAGUCUGGCAACCACAACACAAGCAGCAACAUCACCUGAAAUAACAAGUCUGGCAACCACAACACUAGGUACAACACCGGCUGAAACAACAAGUCUGGCAACCACGACACUAGCUACUACGCCGGCUGAAACAACAAUUCUGGCAAGCACGACACUAGCUACAACGCCGGCUGAAACAACAAGUCUGGCAAGCACGACACUAGCUACAACGCCGGCUGAAACAACAAGUCUGGCAACCACGACACUAGCUACUACGCCGGCUGAAACAACAAGUCUGGGAAUCACGACACUAGCUACUACGCCGGCUGAAACAACAAGUCUGGCAACCACGACACUAGCUACUACGCCGGCUGAAACAACAAGUCUGGCAACCACGACACUAGUUACUACGCCGGCUGAAACAACAAGUCUGGCAACCACGACACUAGCUACUACGCCGGCUGAAACAAUAAGUCUGAGAAUCACAACACUAGCUACUACGCCGGCUGAAACAACAAGUCUGGCAAGCACGACACUAGCUACAACGCCGGCUGAAACAACAAGUCUGGCAAGCACGACACUAGCUACAACGCCGGCUGAAACAACAAGUCUGGCAAGCACGACACUAGCUACUACUCCGGCUGAAACAACAAGUCUGGCAUCCACGACACUAGUUACUACGCCGGCUGAAACAACAAGUCUGGGAACCACGACACUAGUUACUACGCCGGCUGAAACAACAAGUCUGGGAACCACGACACUAGCUACUACGCCGGCUGAAACAACAAGUCUGGGAACCACGACACUAGGUACAACGCAGGCUGAAACAACAAGUCUGGCAACCACGACACUAGCUACUACGCCGGCUGAAACAACAAGUCUGGGAACCACGACACUAGUUACUACGCCGGCUGAAACAACAAGUCUGGCAACCAAGACACUAGCUACUACGCCGGCUGAAACAACAAGUCUGGCAACCACGACACUAGCUACAACGCCGGCUGAAACAACAAGUCUGGCAAGCACGACACUAGCUACUACUCCGGCUGAAACAACAAGUCUGGCAACCACGACAGUAGUUACUACGCCGGCUGAAACAACAAGUCUGGGAACCACGACACUAGUUACUACGCCGGCUGAAACAACAAGUCUGGGAACCACGACACUAGCUACUACGCCGGCUGAAACAACAAGUCUGGCAACCACGACACUAGCUACCACGCCAGCUGAAACAACAAGUCUGGGAACAACGACACUAGUUACUACGCCGGCUGAAACAAGUCUGGCAACCAAGACACUAGCUACUACGCCGGCUGAAACAACAAGUCUGGCAACCACGACACUAGCUACUACGCCGGCUGAAACAACAAGUCUGGCAACCACGACACUAGCUACUACGCCGGCUGAAACAACAAGUCUGGCAAGCACGACACUAGCUACAACACCAGCUGAAACAACAAGUCUGGCAAGCACGACACUAGCUACAACGCCGACUGAAACAACAAGUCUGGCAACCACGACACUAGCUACUACGCCGGCUGAAACAACAAGUCUGGCAACCACGACACUAGCUACUACGCCGGCUGAAACAACAAGUCUGGGAAUCACGACACUAGCUACUACGCCGGCUGAAACAACAAGUCUGGCAAACACGACACCAGCUACUACGCCGGCUGAAACAACAAGUCUGGCACCCACGACACUAGGUACAACGCCGGCUGAAACAACAAGUCUGGCAACCACGACACUAGCUACUACGCCGGCUGAAACAAGUCUGGCAACCACGACACGAGCAACAACUUCGGCUGAAGCAACAAGUCUGGCAACCAUGACACUAGGUACAACGCCGGCUGAAACAAGUCUGGCAACCACGACACUAGCUACUACGCCGGCUGAAACAAGUCUGGCAACCACGACACUAGCUACAACAUCGGCUGAAACAACAAGUCUGGCAACAACGACACUAGGUACAACGCCGGCUGAAACAAGUCUGGCAACCACGACACUAGCUACAACGUCGGCUGAAACAACAAGUCUGGCAACAACGACACAAGCAGCAGUAACCAAUGCCACCACUGUGGCAGCCACUGUUACCUCCCCUACCGUGGCUACCACAGCAGCAACCAAUGCCACCAUCAUAGUGUUGAUAACACAAGUGACAACAGCAGUGGCAACUUCAGCUCCUGAGCUUUUCAUCAUAGGAGGACCUCUCUCUACUCCAAUUGAUCGUACCGGGUGUGGCAUCACUGAUUUGUGCAUAUCUGAGGCCCCGAAAUGUGAUCCAUCACAAAGCCCUUGUAUCUUCUUGGCUGUUCGCUCAGUUGGCAGUGAUCGGUUCAGAUUCAAGUUCUCAGGAUUCUCAAGUGGCUACAUUGCUAUCAUCAUCUCACCUGACACCACACUGGGAGGAAAUGACACCAUGUACAUCUGUAACGACAAUAAGAAUACAUCGGUAAAAUUUUUCAGUGCUCUGUUUGACCAGGACACAGUGACUUUUGUGCCGCCACAAAGUGUGACCUCAGUGACGGGCAACGUCGCAGGAACAAGGAUCCAGUGUGUAUUUGAGGCACCGUUAUCUAUCCCAAUGGGAAGGACAACAAGUAACGCACUGGGGCUCGCUACUGGAGCUGUGAAUGAUAACGGAACUUCAGGAAAUGUUUCUCUCGUAUACCUGGGGACUAACGUCAACUUUAGCGAUCCAAACUCCACUGUCCCCAUCAAUUUACUUUCACCAACCACAAGCCCAACCACUAUAGCGACAACAGUGACUACGAUAGUGACAAACGCUACCUCCCCUUCGGUGGCUACCACAGCAGCUACCAAUGCAACCAGUGCGGCAGCCAAUGUUACCUCCCCUACCGUGGUUACCACAGCAGCUACCAAUGCCACCACUGCGGCAGCCAAUGUUACCUCCCCUACUGUGGCAACCACAGCAGCUACCAAUGCCACCACUGUGGCAGCCAAUGUUACCUCCCCUACCGUGGCUACCACAGCAGCUACCAAUGGCGCCACAGUGGCAGCCAAUGUUACCUCCCCUACUGUGGCAACCACAGCAGUAACCAAUGCCACCACUGUGGCAGCCAAUGUUACCUCCCCUACCGUGGCUACCACAGCAGCUACCAAUGCCACCACCGCGGCAGCCAAUGUUACCUCCCCUACCGUGGCUACCACAGCAGCUACCAGUACCACCACUGUGGCAGCCAAUGUUACCUCCCCUACUGUGGCUACCACAGCAGCUACCAAUGCCACCACUGCGGCAGCCAAUGUUACCUCCCCUACAGUGGCUACCACAGCAGUAACCAAUGCCACCACUGUGGCAGCCAAUGUUACCUCCCCUACCGUGGCUACCACAGCAGCUACCAAUGACACCACAGUGGCAGCCAAUGUUACCUCCCCUACUGUGGCAACCACAGCAGUAACCAAUGCCACCACUGUGGCAGCCAAUGUUACCUCCCCUACCGUGGCUACCACAGCAGCUACCAAUGCCACCACCGUGGCAGCCAAUGUUACCUCCCCUACCGUGGCUACCACAGCAGCUACCAAUACCACCACUGUGGCAGCCAAUGUUACCUCCCCUACUGUGGCUACCACAGCAGCUACCAAUGCCACCACUGCGGCAGCCAAUGUUACCUCCCCUACAGUGGCUACCACAGCAGUAACCAAUGCCACCACUGUGGCAGCCAAUGUUACCUCCCCUACCGUGGCUACCACCGCAGUAACCAAUGCCACUGCGGUGGCAGCCAAUGUUACCUCCCCUACUGUAUCGACCACAGCAGUAACCAAUGCCACUACGGUGGCAGCCAAUGUUACCUCCAGUACUGUAUUGACCACAGCAGUAACCAAUGCCACUGCGGUGGCAGCCAAUGUUACCUCCAGUACUGUAUUGACCACAGCAGUAACCAAUGCCACUACGGUGGCAGCCAAUGUUACCUCCAGUACUGUAUUGACCACAGCAGUAACCAAUGCCACCACGGUGCCAGCCAAUGUUACCUCCCCUACCGUGUCUACCACAGCAGCUACCAAUGCCACCAACAAAGUGUUGAUAACACAAAGGACAACAGCAGUGGCAACUCCAGCUCCUGAGCUUUUCAUCAUAGGAGGACCGCUCUCUACUCCAAUUGAUCGUACCGGGUGUGGCAUCACUGAUUUGUGCAUAUCUGAGGCCCCGAAAUGUGAUCCAUCACAAAGCCCUUGUAUCUUCUUGGCUGUUCGCUCAGCAGGCGGUGAUCGGUUCAGAUUUAAGUUUUCAGGAUUCUCAAGUGGCUUCAUUGCUAUCAUCAUCAGCUCAGCUGACCCCACACUGGGAGGAAAUGACACCAUGUACAUCUGUAACGACAAUAAGAAUACAUCGGUAAAAUUUUUUGCCGCUCUGUUUGACCAGGGCACAGUGACUUUUGUGCCGCCACAAAGUGUGACCUCAGUGACGGGCAACGUCGCAGGAACAAGGAUCCAGUGUGUAUUUGAGGCACCGUUAUCUAUCCCAAUGGGAAGGACAACAAGUAAUGCACUGGGGCUCGCUACUGGAGCUGUGAAUGAUAACGGAACUUCAGGAAAUGUUUCUCUCGUAUACCUGGGGACUAACGUCAACUUUAGCGAUCCAAACUCCACUGUCCCCAUCAAUUUACUUUCACCAACCACAAGCCCAACCACUAUAGCGACAACAGUGACUACGAUAGUGACAAACGCUACCUCCCCUUUGGUGGCUACCACAGCAGCUACCAAUGCAACCAGUGCGGCAGCCAAUGUUACCUCCCCUACCGUGGUUACCACAGCAGCUACCAAUGCCACCAUUGCGGCAGCCAAUGUUACCUCCCCUACCGUGGCUACCACAGCAGCUACCAAUGGCACCACAGUGGCAGCCAAUGUUACCUCCCCUACUGUGGCAACCACAGAAGUAACCAAUGCCACCACUGUGGCAGCCAAUGUUACCUCCCCUACCGUGGCUACCACAGCAGCUACCAAUACCACCACCGUGGCAGCCAAUGUUACCUCCCCUACCGUGGCUACCACAGCAGCUACCAAUGGCACCACUGCGGCAGCCAAUGUUACCUCCCCUACCGUGGCUACAACAGCAGCUACCAAUGGCACCACCGUGGCAGCCAAUGUUACCUCCCCUACCGUGGCUACCACAGCAGCUACCAAUGGCACCACCGUGGCAGGCAAUGUUACCUCCCCUACCGUGGCUACCACAGCAGCUACCAAUGCCACCACUGCGGCAGCCAAUGUUACCACUCCCACCACGACCUCCACCACCACCUCUAGCACCAGUCCCACCACUACCAGUACCACCACAACCUCCACCACCAGUCCCACCACUACCAGUACCACCACAACCUCCACCACCAGUCCCACCACGACAUCCACCACAGCCUCCACCACCUCUAACACGAACAAGCUACAGCAAACCCUGUUGCACGUUGCGCUGAUCACAGCGGGUGUGAUGGGUGUCACCAUGGUAUAAGAACACUGGGAUCCCUGAGUGAAGACAGCAGUACCAUCUGUCACAUGAUCUUAUUCCACCUUAUCUUGGUUAGGGGGUCACCACAUCUGAUUGUUCUCCAUGAACAUCUUGUCACGAACAUUAAACAGCAUUUGCACAGUGCCUCUCAGGUUAUGAAGGACGGGACAACGUCACUCUCACAUUCCACCACCACAAGACUCAAGUCAAGAGGGUGAAGCUGAAUUGGGACUUUGAUUUUGGACAUGUGGUGUCUGGAUUUGACUAUAUCUCAAGUGAUUUUGUCAGAUUUCUUUGAAGGAUUACUGGGCACUUGAUUGUUUUCUAACCACUUUGCAGAACAAAGUUGUUGAUCAGUUUCUCUACUAUCUCUUUAUUUCGCUACUACCAGUAUCUAUACUUCCCACUGUGCACUAAAUGUUUAACUUAUUAUUACUUAAAAAUAUAUAUAUGGCACUGGUAGAUUUAUAUCACACAAGCUUUUUAACUGCACAUAACUGCAAUCACUUUGUGCCCCACAGUAUAAUUCAAUGAAACACAUGAUAACACAGUUACAAUCAGAACCGUCAGGAGAAAACAAAACUCAAAGUGAAGAGUGAAGCCAAGCUCUUAGUUUGCCAAACCGGUCGCCGUUCCCAGCGGAUCGCAGAUGGACAACAGCACCUGGCAGAUUCAGGUUAUAAUUCAAAUUACUGUCAGAUAACAACCCAGUAGAAGAGCAACUCCAAAGUAAAUGCUGAAGCCACCAAAUAUGAAAUAUUUAGGAACUAAAGCUUAACUUGUAAAAGAUUUACAUCUCACACUGUCACUUUAUGAACAUUGUUUAAAGAUCAUAAGACAAAAUUGUGUCACAUGAGAAACGUGAGUCAAAUGAGUUAUGAACAGUUCCUUUCUUAUGAACAUUUCCUUCUUUCUCAUCACUCAUGAUGUCAUCAGGAAAUGGCAGAUGUGAUUUUCCUCUUUGGUGUGAAUGUUGAGUGAGUGAAUGACUUAUAUUUACAAACGGUUGUUUAUUCAUUGUUCCAAAAAAUGAUGCCUUGGCCAGCUGAGUUUUGAAUGUAACUGUGUGAGCGUGCAUGUGAAAAGGUAAACGUUUUGCAAAUUCAUAGUCAUAUUGACGAAUCAUGCCAAUUAUUGGUGAAACUGGCUUUGCAAAUUGCAUUUGCAGCAUUUAAUUUUUGUUAAAUAUUUUUGAAAUAAAUAUUUUACUCAUA